AUGGUGGUCUACCGCGCACCAGAAUCUAGAUCGCCUUUCUUGACAUCCGACGAGGAAAGACAAUCAUUUGACUUCUUCCUCCACCAAACGAGAUAUCGCUUUCCAAUUGACUUCACUGAUCCGGUAUUACGCGCUGCACAUAGCGACGAGGGGCUUGCACGCGCGAUUAUCUCGUUCGGAGCUCUGCAGCAGAUCUACGAGUGUGGUGAUGAUCCUUCUCUUCUGAGUCCGCAGGGUCAGUUCGCCAUGCGGCAGUAUGGACGGGCCUUGGAAAAGGUGAGGGUUUGGCUUGGGAAUGGUGCGAAGGACCUGAGUCUCGUUUGUUGUUUGCUUUUUGCUUGCUUUGAGUGUAUCAGGGGCUGUCGAAGGGCGGCGGUUGUUCAUAUUAAAUCUGGCUUGGAUAUACUGCUGCAGUGUGGAGAGGAGCUAGCCUGGGAUGUUGUGUCGCGUGAUACGAUGAUAUCAAUGUUUAUAAGGUUGGAUAAUCAGUUGGUUGGGUUACUGGGUACAUCGUUGUCUCGGACGUUGAAGCGGGAUGGUGAGCGAGGUUCGUCUAUCUUGGAGAGAGUUGCUCUCGGACCCAAUGGCGAGUAUGUGGUACAGUCCUUGCAUGGUGUGCUGAAUUCUAUCUUCCAUGAUCGGCUGGAUAUGGCAUUGAUUAUGGAGGGUCACUCGCCGUCUGUUCGUCCAGUUGAUCGGAGACGGACGUCGAGAUACUUAAAGGAGUGGCAUGGCGGUCAGGAUCCGGACAUUAUGCGCAUUUGGUAUAUCAUUGGGAAGAUGUAUGUUGCUGUCCCACCAGAUGGUUCAGAGGAUGCGUGGGACCAGUUUCGGCCGGGGUUUGAGACGAUUGUUUCGCUUGUGGAGAGUUAUCUAUUGCGCACAAGGCAACUUUCACAAAAACGGGCGUUUUCUUUCGAUCUUGGCAUUGUCUCCCCGUUGUAUAUUGUUGGCGUGCGCUGUCGAGAUAUGAGCAUUCGUCGUAGGGCCAUCUGGCUACUAGAGAGCUGUGAACGGAGGGAGAUUCUAUGGGAUUCUACAUUGGCUGCAAUGGCUGCUAGGCGGGUCAUGGAGUUUGAGGGGUCUCGGGAUAUUUGGCCGAAGUCACUUGGACGGAGAGUUAGAAAUGUGACUGCUGUCUUGGACGAUGAUAAUGGGGUCAGUAUAGAGUUUGAAUGA